UUGCACCCCAUCUGCAGUUGGGGCUGACAGCCGCCGACUAUCUGGUCAGUGGGGCAAAGGUUCACUCACAACUGAGUGUUAACUAGCAGACAAAAACGCUUCAGCCGCAGUCUUCUGUGUGGCAGACCCUUGAGAGGACUUAGGUUGAAGCAGUCAUGAGAGUCUCUGUGCUGUUCCCGAAGGGUGGCCUUCUCUUCGGCGCUUUCGUAGUAGCCAUUCAGCUAUGGUCUUCGGCGCAGUGCACGUCAAUCAACCUCACGCUUUACUACGAAGGGUUAUGUGCAGACUGCCAUGACUUCUUUCUCGACCAACUGUGGCCAACCUACAACAAGCUGGAGGAGUACCUUGACGUCGACCUCGUGCCUUUCGGGAAAGCCCAUAUGAAGGUCGCUAACGGCACUGUCAUGUUCCAGUGUCAGCACGGCCCUCAGGAGUGCUACGUCAACGAGGUGCAGGCAUGCGCCGUCAAGUACGUGCACCCGGUCAGGAAACUUCUAGACUUUGUCGCAUGCAUGUUUCGUCAAGAUGACCCCACCAAAGCGGGUCAGCCGUGCGCGGAGAAAGUUGGAACAUACUGGCCAGUACUGGACAAGUGCAGCCGGGGGCCUGAAGGCGAAAAGCUCUUCCGUGAGAUGGGCGAGAGGACGUUAGCACUGAAGCCUCCAAUGAAGUGGGUGCCCUACGUACAGAUCAACGGCGCGCACGACGACGUCACGGAAAGCUUGGUGGAACAUGACCUGUUCGGCUUUGCCUGCAAGCUCCUGGAACCUAGUGUCCCUAGAGUAUGCAGGCACGGUGAAUUUGGGGACUUUGACUUCCUCGCGCAGGCUUUUCGUUUUGAUAAGCAUUAGGUGUAAAAAGCAAAGUGUAACUUCUUUUCGUUUAGCAUGAAUGCGGAUUGCAUAUUUUCUAAGAAUGUAUGUGCGUCAGUUGGGAACAAAAUAAAUACUUCACUUGUU